GGUGCCAUGCAGGCCGUCAGUGAGGUUUUUCCCGGUUAAAGCUGCCAUCGCUGUUCUAAAAUGAUCCUGAUGCCUGCUCUGCUUUUUAUUCUCUGGGGAGCAGCGGUUCGGUGUCGGGGGCAGGAUGGAGGCUUAACUUUCGAUGGAGAUAUCCGCCACUACGCCGUGGCCACCAACACGGUUUACGUGGCUACAGAUGAGAGGCUGUACCAGCUGAGCCACGACCUGACCCUGGUCCGCAAUGUGACCCAGAGAGGUGUCCUGAAAGUCCAGCAGCUGGACCAGGUGCAGUUCCACCGGGUUUCUGAGACGGCUUCAUCGAACGCAACACUCAGGAUCAACGUGUUGUUGCCAUUUGUUGAGAACGAUGUUUUGAUCAGCUGCGGGGUGACCGACGAUAGAUGUGGCCACUGCGAGGUUCUGAAGCUGAUGGACAUCUCCAUCCUCAACUACAGUGAGACCAUCCAGCUGGGACCACUGUGGCACAGCAAGGCGUCCGUCGCGGUCUUGGUGAAGGUGAAGAAUAGUCCAUCCGAGAGCAACACGUUCAUUCUGACGGCGGUACAACAACAGAAGGGGCAGAACGUCAGCUGCACCUCUGAUUCCAAGACUGUCACCCUCCAGAAUUCAAAUCACCAACAAGUGGGAGGCAUAUUUUCUCUCAACGAGGAACAUGAUUCCCCGUCGAUCAUAAGAGUAGGCGAUGUGGAUUUUGUUGAUGGAUUUCAAAUCAGUUCCACCAUAUAUCUGCUCUCCAACGUGCCCUCUGGUGAACAAAACAACAGAGUCCGUCUGAUUUGGCUCAAGGCUGAAGGCAGCAAGUCAAAGACUUUCAAGUCGCUGCGAGGUGCGACUCUCAGGAUCUCCGAGGCUGAAGACGGACACAGACUCGUGGCCUCCUCGGUGAUGCCGGACGCGCAGCGGGUGCUGUGGAGCGGAGUGUUCAGUGUGGACGCGGGACUGACCAACACCGAGCUGUUUGUGUUCGACAUCGGCCCAGACUUCACCGAAGACACCUAUAUAGAUCCAGACUUCUGCAACCUCUGUAAGGACCCGCCAAGUGUCACAAAGACACUGAGGCCUGAGGCAGCGCUCUACAGGCAGAGCAACAUGACCUCUGUGCUGGCAGUGAGGCACAAGACCUGGGUGGUGUUCUUCAUCGGGACUGGAGAUGGGCAGCUCAUUAAGCUCGCUGUGGAUAAGAACUAUCACACCUCCUGUCCCACGGUGCUCUACAGAGAUGAUGAAGAUCGCCAAGUGUUUCCCAAGAUUCAUCUUGAUCCGGUGGAUCGUAACCAUGUGUAUGUGCCAUUAGGAAAAAAGAUGAUGCGUGUUCCUGCAUCAAAAUGCAGCACAUACGCCGAUGUGCAGGAGUGUUGGUCUGCACAGGAUCCACAGUGUGUCUGGUGUGGCUCUGGGAAAAAUUGCAUGUUUGCAGACGACUGUGAAGAUUCAGACUGGUUGUCCAUUCCUGAGGAUUUUCAAGAGAAUAUGGUUUCCUUCAGAGUUGCUGAGGAGCCAACAGGCCAGAUCGCACUGAACGUCCAGACUCACCUGACUGCAGGCCAAACAGCACGGUCUAACUUUGCCUGUCAGUUUUCUGCAUGUUACAACACCAGUGGCCCUCCUCCACAGUUCCCACAAUGCACCUGCAUCCUCCCUAAAGGCAGACUUCCGCCUAAAGUCAAUGUAAAAAUUAGACUUGGAUCGAUGGUGCUGUCCAAGCAACUGACGCUGACCAACUGCUCUGACAUCAGUGGACCGCCGAGCUCUGUCCUGUGUGUGCGGUGUAUCAGGGCGGGAUGUGGCUGGAGCAUAAACAAGUGUUCCUGGGCAAAUGACGGAGUCAGAAAUGACAGUGUUUGCCAAACGAUGGUGCCAAGAAUAAACUUUUCUAGGCCAGAGAUCUCCUCCAUCACUCCCAGUGUCGUGUCUUUCUACGGCAGAAACCAUACGGUGUUAUACGGGCGUAACCUCGGUGAUGUGACCAGAGUGAGGAUGCAGGCGCACACAGCCUGCACGCCACAAGAAUCUCCUGUUUGGAACAACACAGGCGUGAGUCUGAUGUUCCACAUUCCCAGUGCAGAUAGGAAAGGCGUGGUCAAAGUUUGUGUCCUCCUCCCAGACGGUAGUUGCCAUGGCAGCAGCUUCAUCACCUACCAGUCAGCUCCAUCCUGCUCCAACAUUGUACCAAGCAGCACCUGGCUCAGUGGGAAGAGGAGGAUGAAAAUCAUUGGCUCUCAUCUAGACUUUGUGGAAGGGGUCACACAGAGCCACGCCCCGCAGGAAGUCCGACUUCCCGAAAAUAAGAACUAUCAGAAUCUCACCUAUCACACACUUGCAGCUAAAAGUGCCCAGGGAACCAGCACUGUGUUUCUGAAAGUAGCCAACAAAACCUUACCCUGCUCCACAAACAACAAUCAACAAUUAACGAUCAACUACUACCCAGAUCCCAAGUUUAUCAGCUUCAAAUCCAUCAGGGCCGGGGACGAUGUGCGCAUCAUCAUAGAGAAAGAAGCAGACAAACUGGAGCUGAUGAUGGAAGAGUUGUUAGUAUGGGGCGUUCAUAAAGAAAUACAUUACCCCUGCAACAUGACGGCCAAAGAGACUCAUAAUGAGACGGAUAACUUUGCCUGUGAAAUCAAAAACCCACCCGAUGUUGAAUUUCAGCAGUUAAUAAUAAAGUAUGGAGACCAGGAGGUUGAACUGCAGCUUAAAUCAUUAUCCUACCUGAGGGUGCUGUAUGUUCUUCUGCUGAUACCCUUCAUUGUUGUCAUGGUGGUGAUGGUUUACCGAAGCAAACAGAAGAAGCUCACUGCUAAGAUGAACCUUCUCAUGGAAAACCUGGAGCUGGACAUGAGGAAUGAUAUCAGACAAGGUUUUGUGGAUCUGCAGACAGAGAAAGCUGACCUGAUGGAAAACGUUGGAGCGAUUCCUUUCCUGGACUACAAGCACUUUGCCUCCAGAAUCUUUUUUCCUGAGAGUGAGUCUCUGAUGAAGUUGUGUAUCAAAGACAUCAGUCAGGACGCUAUGAAGGUUCAGCUUGAUGAGUGUUCCCGUGACUUCUCCCGGCUGAUCCACGAUCAGCUCUUCCUAACGUCUAUGGUUCACGCCCUGGAGGAGCAGAAGAGCUUCACCAUCCAAAACAAAUGUACACUGGCGUCUCUACUAACAGUAGCGCUCCACAGCAACUUGUUGUACCUGACAGAGGUGAUGGAGGUUCUGCUGAAGGAUCUGAUGCAGCAAAACAGCAACACUCAGCCCAAACUGCUGCUACGACGCACUGAGUCAACUGUGGAGAAACUGUUGACCAACUGGAUGUCCAUAUGCCUUUAUGGCUUCCUGCGGGAAAUAGUUGGCCAGCACCUGUUCCUGAUGGUGAGCGCUCUGACGCAGCAGAUCAGAAAAGGGCCUGUGGAUUGUGUGACUGAGAAGGCUCUGUACACGCUCAGUGAGGACUGGCUGCUGUGGCAGGCUCAGGACUUCAGCGCCCUGAAGCUGAAGGUGCUGUUUGCUGUGGGCGGUGACGGGGAGCUCAGUGAGCCUCUGGAGGUCAACAGUCUGAGCUGCGACACAGUGGAGCAGGUCAAGGAGAAAAUCCUGUCCACCUUCAAGACCAAGUUUGGUUUCUCCUUCAACGUUCCCCUCAGAGACGUUUGUAUUGAGUAUGAGAGGGACGGAUCUUUUGUUCCUCUCGAGGAAGUGGACAGAAGCUCUGAGGUGAUCGGGGAGGUGACGAUGCUCAACACACUCAAGCACUAUAAGGUUCCUGAUGGAGCAACGAUCAAAGUGCUUCCGAGGAAAACUCAUCCUCCUCUGAGUCCACAGGGAAGUCUGAAAGAUGAUGAGAACUUCUCUGGAAAAUACUUCCACCUGAUUGAUCCUGAUGUAGAUGAGGACCAAAGGAAGGACCCAGAGAGGAAGAAGUUAAAACUGAAGGAAGUGUACCUCACCAAGCUGCUCUCCACCAAGGUGGCAGUGCAUUCGUUUGUGGAGAACCUGUUUAGGUCCAUCUGGGGGUUGACGCACGGCAGAGCUCCACACGCCAUCAAAUACUUCUUUGACUUCCUGGACGCUCAGGCGCACAACAUGAAGAUCAUUGACCCAGAUGUGUUGCACAUCUGGAAGACCAACAGUUUACCUCUGCGCUUCUGGAUCAAUAUCCUGAAAAACCCGCAGUUUGUUUUCGACAUGGAGAAAACACCACAGCUCGAUGGCUGCCUCUCCGUCAUCGCUCAGGCCUUCAUGGACUCCUUCUCCCUCACUGAGUCCCAGCUGGGGAAGUACACACCAACCAACAAGCUCCUGUAUGCCAAAGACAUUCCCAGGUACAAACAGGAAGUGAAGGCUUACUACAAACAGAUCAGAGACCAGUCAACAAUCACAGAGGCAGAGUUCAAGAGCUUCCUGCAGGAGGAGUCAAAGAAACAUGAAAAUGAAUUCAACGAAGCAGCAGCCCUCAGAGAGCUCUACAAAUUCAUCCCGAGAUACUUCACAGAGAUUCAAGAGAAGUUGAACGAGAACGGCGCCCCUACUGAGCUGAUGGAGCAACUUCAUCAUGUGAAAACACAGUUUGAUGGACUGAAGAGCUGCAAGUGGAGCUGAGGUGCCUGAGUGCCAACAGGAAGGUGUCAGGAGAAACUACACAUUUUGAAGGUAGUGAAGUGACACACAUCCUGUUUGUACUUCUUGUAAAGAACACUUGUGCUGAAUGGGG